AUGUUCUCCUUCUUCCGCUCCUACAAGGACUACACUCCCCUUUUCCCCUCAGACCACCCUGGUGCCGCCAAGACCGGCAGGCGGAUAUACAUCCUCCUCCUUUUCGCCGCCCUUGUCGCCUCGGCCGUCCUCAAUAUCGUCCUCGGUGUGAAGCUGCGUGGGAGAUCGCCGGAACCCCUCGAUAAUUAUCAGAACCUAAACACACAGCCGAUAGUCAGCACGGACGCACUCAACCUCUUACCGCAAACAAACCCAAACGAACACGCCAUCGUCACCACGCUCUACACCGACGCCUAUGCGACCGCCAUCGCGACCCUCGGGCACUCCCUCAACAAGGUCAACAGUACCGCUGCACGCCUGUUGCUGUACCUCCCCGACCGCGUCUCCCCGCAUGCGCUCUGCGUCGCGACCGCGAGCGGGUUCAUGCCACGCCCGAUCUCGCGCAUCCCGCCACCGAACAACGGCAAGGGCGUGCACCCGCGCUUCCUGGACCAGUACUCGAAGCUGAACCUGUGGACCCUCGACGGGGCGGGCGGGUACGCGAGCGUGGUGUACCUGGACGCGGACACGCUCGUGCUGCGGAACUUCGACGAGCUGUUCGGGCUGCCGUACAGCUUCGCGGCGGUGCCGGACGUGUACUACGAUGAGCGUGGGUUCGUUGUCUCGUUCAACGCGGGGGUGCUCUUCCUCCGCCCGUCGACGACCGUGUUCCACGCGAUGCUGGACGAGAUCGCGACCGCGACGUACCCGAUGAACGAGGCCGAGCAGGCGUUCCUCAACCACUACUAUGCGGCGGAGGCGGUGCGGCUGCCGUACGCGUACAACGCGAACCUCGCAAUCAAGAUACGGCAGCCCGCGCUCUGGACGGCGCUGCUCGCGCGCGAGGCGCGGAUCGUGCACUUCACGGUGAUCAAGCCGUUCCUCGUCACGGAGGAGGACGGGCACACGGUGAUAGACAUGCGGCACAUGGAGGAACACGUGCAGGGGCGGAUGCGCGACCAGGGCGGGCUGUUUGAGGAGGAGCUGGGUAUCUGGCUUGGGGCGUGGCGGGAGACGCGGCAUACGUACUCGGAGGCGUUCGCGCAGUGCUCGCGGGCGCAUCCUGCUGCUGCGGUCACCACGAGUGCGGCAGCAUAA